AUGCAAUUGUCAUUGACUCAACCAUGCUCCUGGAUGGGCCUGUUGCUGCUGAUAUCAAGUCUGCUCCCUUGGGAACAUGUGAUCUCCACACCAGAUGACCAGAUGUUCAAUGAAGAGCUGUAUAAUAAAUUGAUUUCCAUUUCUCAUCACACUCAUAUAGUUGCCCGAAAAAUGUAUAAAAAUUUAGAUGUAAAGUUAUCCAAGGGAAGAUGGUUUAAAAACAGUGGAAACAACACCUGCCGCACUGCUUCCAUCCCUACUACAAAAAAAACUGAAGUCCUUCUGAAAGUGGUCAUCAAUGUUUCAAAUGCCUGGAAGCACCCACUGAAACUUCUGACACCUGCAGUAUUGACUCAUUUAGGGUCCUAUGAUGGUAUGCUGGCAAGAGCUGUAGAGGUUAAGUAUGGAUGUGAAUCAAUUCUGGAGGGAGCAAAAGUUUUGCUCAACAGGGUUCAGCCUGGAUUUGAAGAAAAUAACUACCCUGACUGGCCAGAACUAAAACAAUUGAGGUCUUCCAAUGAAGACACUCACCUUUCUGCAUUUCAUACACUAUUCUACUGCCUAUUCAAGGAUAUACAAAAGGUUAACCACUAUCUUAAGAUCUUGAGGCGCCGAGUCAUCAAAAAACAGAAAAUGCUAAGUAUAAAGCCAUGA